AGCUUAACAUGCUUAUUUUCGUUUAAUGUCAAAAUGCGUGUUAAUAUUUUCGGAAUACCAUGUGCAAGAAGUUUUCCUUUAUAACAAACCUUACUAUUUGCACAAAGUACAGGGCGUGCAUUUUUUGGGCAUGCAUAAAUAUAGUCUUCGGCAUCGCAUUUAUCCCUUUAGUUGUGGACUUUGUGAAACGACAAAAACUACCCAAUUCUGUUUUGGUUUUUGGUUGCAUAUGUGGAGGCAAUUUGAUACUAUCCGGGUUCAUGUUACUUAUUGGUGUUUUAAAGGAUGUUCGGUGUUUGGUUGGCUCAUCAAUAGUUUUCUGCGGCAUAGGCAUAUUUUUUAUUCACUGGCUAAUGAUUCCUUUGGCGCUCUUUUUCAUUUUUUCUUUUAUUGUGUUUAAUUAUUAUCAAGUGGUUAUGUCUCCCGAUGAUCGCUAUCGAGUGCCGAGGCGAUUUUCGUAAAUAAAACAUUUAUUUUAUUUUAAA